GUGAAGCCUCAAGCCUGCACUUUUGCACCUCGGUUCAGUGCUAUGAGCGGCAUAUAGGGUUUCGAUACGUUUGAGCCAUCAUGCCGGCGUCGGGAGGCCCCGUGGCGGUGCGGCGCGUGGAGUGCUGCCCAGUAGACAGCGCCGACCGGGGUUCAUGCCGCCUGCGCCUGCCCGUCUCCAGUGGGCUGCCCUACCACAAGCCAGUAAUUGUGACUCUUUUAGGCGGCUCAGAGCCGCCCUGGCGCCUCCUGUGCAUCAGCGCCAUCACGCCUGACGGCGGGAUGGAUGCUGACAGCAGCAGUAGCAGUAGCACCAGCACCGCCAUUGGCAGUGGCAGUGGCAGCGGCGCGAGCUCGGUGACCCUCGUGGAAAGAGCGGUCGUAGACCCCACGGUGGUGCUGCCGCCGCCGGGCCGGCGGCCCGAGGAGGUCCAUGCGGCGCUAGCCGCAGUCACAGCGGCUGCAGCAGCGGUCCAACAGCCGUUGGUGGCACCAGACGUGGCGUGCGAAUCCCAGGUGCCGGCGCACGUGGCGGCGGUGGUGACGCCCUGCCCAGGGACAAACACCGUGCCGGUCGUGUCGGAGGUGCAGCUCUGCCUCGUUGUUCACGCUGCACCCGCCGCGGCGCCGUCGGCACACGGCGCCGCACCCCACGGCGUGUGGGACACACAGUCGGCGCUGUCUGGGCGGUUGUCCUUCAAGCUGCACCAGACGCUAGUGUUGCUUGGGUGCUUCGUGCGCCUGUCGGACACCGUGGCGGUCCAGGUGGUGGGCCUGUCGCCUGCGCCCUCGGCUCCCGACUGCCCCGCACGCAUCGUGCCCUCCACCCGGCUUGUUUUUACGGAUGCAAGCGCCACGGGUGCUGCUGGUGCUGGCACAGGUGCGGUCACGGGGGCGGUCGGGGCGAGGCAGGUAACGGGCGAGGGCGCACAGGCGGCAGCAGCGGGCUGCGGGGAAGGCGGAGAUGCGUCUGGGAUUGGGGAAGACGGCGCGCUGACGCCGUCGGGGCGAUCGGGCGGUGGCGGCACCGGUGGCGGCAGCUGUGCUCCGGCGGCUGCAGCGGGCGGGACGAGUAAGAAAGGAGCGAAGAGCAAGGUGCCGAAGGCGGGCAAGGACGAGGUCGGCAGCAGUGCAGCGGGCAGCAAGGCACCUGGGAGCAGCAGUCGGAAAGGUGCAGCCGGCGUGCCGAGCGAAGCGUGCGUUGAGGGGGCAGCCGGCGUGGCGGGGGCGGUUGCGACCGGUACCGCCCAGGCGAGGCCGGGGGCCGAUGGGGCCGAUGGGGAUGGGGAGGCAGCCGGGCCAAAGCCGGUUGUCGCCAAGCCGAAGAAGAUGAAGAAAGACGGGCCCGGGGCCAAGAGCAAGUCUUCUGGGAUCAGGGCCACAGCGUCUGCGUUUGAAGCGCUGCUGGGGCUUGAGGAUGACUAACACCGUGUGUGCGAAAGGGGAGCAUGCAAGCGCAGCGGUUACCCUGCGUUGGCGCUGACGUGCACGGAUUCUAAAUGCAUGUCUGGUUUGGUUUGUUGCUUAUCUUUGGCCGGAACGAGGAGGGGCAAGGAGCAAGUGCACACACAGCUGCUGCUGAGGCACCCCCCGCGCACACACGCAGUCGGGUCAGGUGCCGUGAGGUGCUGCCUCGCCUGCGUAGUCGGUAGUGAACGGGCGAUUAUGCGGCAUGCAUGAAGUAUCCCAGUAAUGCGCUUUGGAUCCUGCUUGUCACUGUGCUUCCGCGUUUCUGUUUCUGGUGGUUUUGUGGCAGUGUAUAGGCCAUUGUUACUUGUUAGCGCUGCAGCUUUGCGGUUUGAGGGGUUCUGGGACUUUCCGCACGGAUGUGCGAUGGGACAGUGUUAAGGCAGGUCCGCACGGACUGCGCUUUCCCCCGAUUGACCUCACCCUGAUGCGGCUAGUGCGGCGUGGGAGGCCAGUUACGUAUGUGGGGUUCGUGGAAAACGCAGCGGCGAGAGGCGGGAGUUCAACCUCGUGACAGGGGCCAUGGUUUAAGCGGCGGCACGAGGGUGAACUGGGAGCGUUUUGAGGCGGUCUCUCGGGACGCACCCGCAUUCUGAAGAUAUUUCG